AUGCACGCUUUUUUCCCAACCCGGGAGUACCUCGGUACACUAACAGAACAGGCACCACCACCACCACCACCACUACCUCAACUUGCCCUUCUCGUCGCCCGAUGGUUCAUCAAGCCAAUUUCAACAUGCAGACGACCUCACAUCCCUAAAGGCUCCAAUAAGUAUACCGUCCUUGCCACCUGUCCCCUAUGUGCCUCAGGUUGGCAUAGGGUACUAACUACCAACUUCAACCUCAUCUACCGUCUCCACCACACUCUCACCAUCCGCGUCUCUCUGACCGUGUCCCAGAUUCCGACACUCAAUCUUCUCGAUAGAUCAAAAUCAUCGGAGCUAAGAGCAAGUCUACCACAGCAGAGUCACUCGUCCCAACUUGCGAGUCAUCUGGCCAAGGUUUGGUCUGACCUGCUGGUCUAUGCAAGCACUGGCAAGCUGCCUACGCGGGGAACUAACUUUUACCACGGGCUGAUAAUUCUGGUCAUCCUUCACACCACGAAUAGGGAGUCCGAGACAAUAAGGGUCCCAGCGAAGGACGUGUCGGCCGAUUGGACUGCUCAGUCCCCGGAAUACUUCAGCGUGCGGACACAAAUAAUUGAAUUAGCUCAGCGGUCCCAGGCCGAUUCCGAAACGGACAGCAUUCCAUCCGGCGCCAAGAUCGGCAAACCAAGAAGUUGGACGGAGCCACGGCGUCGCCAAGGGUUCAACAUCGCCAAACGGACAACUAGGAUGCUGUCAAAGCAUGCGGCCGGCGGAGUUAUCAUCAUCAACAUCAUCAUCAUGGACGUCCGAGCGGCAACAUGGCCAAACAUGGCACACUUGCUGAUGGAGGCUGAAGUUAGCAGACAACUCCAAGCCAGCCUGUCCCAUCUACACAGCGACGCUAGCCCCAUUAUGACGCAACUGAGGGGACGCUGCCAGUUCUGCACGGGUCACACCAUCCACACCCGUCAGGUGAGGGAGGUCACCGUCAAACCCCUUGGCCCAAUCCACUGUCCGCCACUGGUGCUGGGGGGGUUGGCCCCAAUUGGCGAAACCAUCCGGAUUCCUACCACGACGCAGGAUGCAAAUUGCAGAGCAGUAUCCAGGGGACCAGCAGCACGUUUUGACGGCACGACGGCUACCCGCUUCACCAGUCGGAUAUUUCCCGGCUGCCUCUCACUCUUGCCGUACGGUACCGCACUUCUGGCUGAAGGGUCUCAGACCGAGCAGUGCGAGCCUGAGAUCCUCCUCUCCUUGUCAGACGUCUCCAUUCGUUGGAUGCCUGCGGCGGGGAUUACGAGCAGGGGAUCGACAUUGGCGUUUCCGAAAACAUUUUACACCCGCCGGAUCCGAAGUCGAACACACACCCGUUACAGCCGCCCUGUCAGUUGCUGGUUGGUGAUCGCGUCUCGAGGCGCAGAGAGCCGCUGGCGCGGUGAGCCUCCAACCGCAUCCGAUGUUUCUGAAGAUGCAGAUGCCGUUAAGCCGAGGACACCAGCAACGUUCCCGCAGACAUCCAAGAUGGGCUUGGAUCCAUCUAAUCAGAUUACCUUUCCACGCCUUCGUCCAAAACCGGCUCAAUUCUUGAACAAGAAAGACACCGGACGGCACAUGCUGGACAAUCGAUCAUCCCAUCUGCCAGACCCAAGUGCCUGGGACGAUAUCGAAUCAGGCUAUAUCGCCGAGCUCUACGAGUGCAGGGAGAUUGGGUUCAAAGACAUCGUGGCCGAGCAUUCCACGGCGGGGGACCAGGCGCCGAGACACAAUGUCUCGAGCUAG